AAAUCAUAUGGUCAAAUUAAUUGUCAUAUUCCCUUUGAAGUAUAAUGAGCUGGCAUUAAACAUAGAAGUUUUUUUUCCUUUUAAUAUUUUCUUUGUCUUGACUGAACCUUUUCCACUUGGCCCCUGUGACAGUAUAUCAGGUUUCCAAUAAAUUAUGAUGUAUCAAUAGAAAUCUUGCAAAUAAUCAAGGUUGUCAAUUCCCCUUAACCUGAUUACAAAUGUUUGGCCGAAAUGAAGAACGAACGGUAAAAGUUGCCAGGCAAUGUAUCAUGAAUGUGAUUACACAGUUUCCGGUAAAAAUGAAAGUAAGCUUUCGGUUUGAUUCCACCAUGCCGGAAAGCUGUAGAAAACCGGGGCGGUGUUUACAUGGGUUAUCUAGCGAGGGCCUGCUGACUUGAGAAGAAUAUCCUACAGCAUUACUCGGAGGAAUGGGGCGUUCUCGCAGAUAUAAACGCUUCCGUCAGGGACACACCUUCACAUUAACGCCACAGCCUGCGCAGGAAGCAAACCACACGGCCCUCACUGCGAUUAACACUUCAUCAAAAUGGUCAAACACAUCGAAAAUGAGGAUGGAUUUGAUCAGGCCUUGAAGGAUGCUGGUGACAAGCUGGUUGUGGUGGACUUCACCGCUACAUGGUGCCCUCCCUGUCGGAGAAUCGGUCCGAUAUUUGAAGGUCAUUCGGAGAACCCAGAGUUCAGCAGUGUUGUGUUUCUGAAGGUGGAUGUGGAUGAAGCUUCGGACGUUUCAGGAAAAUGCAAGAUCAAGUGCAUGCCAACAUUCCAGUUCUACAAAAAUGGGAAAAAGAUUGAUGAAUUUUCCGGGGCAGAUGAAGAGCAACUGUUGCAGAAACUGCGUGAACAUAAAUGAGUCUUCCCUUCCGACCUCCAUCAAUCAGCUAAUUUUCCAAAGUUACUUCUGAAUGAAAUUCCAUUUUGUAUACAAUACACCUUGUGUACCUUUCAGAACAAUAAAUUAAAUGAAUGAAAUAAA